UAUUAAGUGACAGAAACCAGACACAAAAGGACAAAUACUAUCUGAUUCCACUUAUAUCAAGUACCCGGAAUAGUUAAAUUUGUCGAGACAGAAAGUAGAAUAGUGGUUACCAGGGCCUGGGAAUGGGGAGAUGUUGUUUAAUGGCACAGAAUUUCAGUGUGAGAUGAUGAAAAAGUUCUGGAGAAAGGGUAGUGGUGAUUCUUGCACGACAGUGCAAAUGUACUUAAUGCCACUGAACUGUACACUUAAAAUGGCAAAUUUUAUGUUAUGUGUAUUUUAUCACAAUACAAAAAGAUGACCUAGAAAUACCAUGCUGCUCUAAGAAAGAAUAAGAAAGAUUUCUGUAUACUAAUAUUAUACUGAUAUUGAGAGAUUCCCAAGAUAGAUUAAGUAAAAAAAAAAAAAUAAUAAAAAGGGUAAAAUGCUAUCUUUUGUGUAAAUAAGGUCAGGUAAAAAUAUAUAUUCAUGUUUGCUUGUAUUUGCAUAAAGAAACCCUGGAAGGCUUAAUGAACAGCUAAUAAAAGUUGUUACCUCUAGGAGGCAAGAUGGGCUGGGGUCCCUGGGGGCAGGAGUGGUAGGUAAUGAGACAUCUCAGUGUAUUUCUUUUUAUGUACUUUUGAUUUUUGAGCCAGGUAAACGUGUUACCUGUUCAAAAUAGUGUUUAAUAGUGGGACUUCAAGUGGAUUCGUUGUAGAAGGAUCGAUAAUUUGUGGUCACAGAAAACACAAUUUUUUAGAGGUAUUGAUUAAACAUUGCUACAUGUGACAUCCCCUCUCCUAGACAAGUGGAGUCAAGAAGUCAGGAGUGUGUGCUAAUAUUUGGUGUUUCAAGAGCCUGGUUUAGAUGCAGAAGUGAGUUUUACCUUCCCUUCCUCUGCUAGCAGCAAAGAGAACAUAUUUUGCGUAUUCUGCACCUAAGUUCAUCAAUACCAAGGAGUCAGAGAGAGAGAGAGAGAGAGAGAGACAAGUCAUUGCGCCCGGAGUGAAGUUCAUCAAUACCAAGGAGUCAGAGAGAGAGAGAGAGAGAGACAAGUCAUUGCGCCCGGAGUGAGGACUUUUACCAGGGCCCAAGUGCUUGAAGGUUGACCAUGGCAGGUGGUGUCAUUAAACACAUUACUCCACCAAGUUUGGGAGCAUAAAGCAUUCAAAAGCAGGAAACUGUCUGGAUAUAGCUCUGCAUCCCUCCAAAAUGCCACCUUCUCUGAUUCCAUCAUUAACUGGGAGCAUAUUAUAUCUAACAUUUGUAUCUGAAACAAGCAGCAGGGUUGCCUAACUUUUCUUAGGCAGCAGGAACAGAGAUAGCAGCUGAUAGCUGAGCACCCAUCUAAUUGCUCCCCACUCCCUCUCCCUGCCAAGGGAUAGGACUAUAUUAUGUCUUCCCUCUUUUCCCACCUAGAUCCAACAGGAAAUACAGACAGAAUUGUGAGGCAGCCUCUGAAAAGUGGAGGGUGGGCUAGGAGAAGCCCAGCCCAUCCUAGCACUUGCCUCUUAGCUGUGUUCCAGGGCAUAUGGGUUGGAGGGACAGCCUGGGGAGUCAUAUCCAGGAAUUGUGCCCAAAUUACAGCUGGUAGAGCACUUCCCAGUAAGGCUGUCAAGGUGUGGGUAACGAUAAAGACUGAGGUACAGAGCCAAAAUGACAGAACUGAGGAACUAGGAAAUCUAUCAUUGAAAGUACUAAAGAAGUAGGCACCUGGGAAGUAGUCUCAAGAAGUUCCAGAGGUGGAGUUCAGAUGAUUUUUACAUGAUUCCAGCCCAGGCACUCAAGCUUUUGCGAGAACUGAAGCACCCUAAUGUGAUCGCACUGCAGAAGGUGUUCCUUUCUCACAGUGACAGGAAGGUGUGGCUGCUGUUUGAUUAUGCAGAACAUGAUUUGUGGCAUAUUAUUAAGUUUCACCGUGCAUCAAAAGCAAAUAAAAAGCCCAUGCAGCUGCCAAGAUCUAUGGUUAAAUCAUUACUUUACCAGAUUCUUGAUGGUAUCCAUUACCUCCAUGCAAAUUGGGUGCUUCACAGAGAUCUGAAACCAGCAAAUAUCCUAGUAAUGGGAGAAGGUCCUGAGAGGGGGAGAGUCAAAAUAGCUGACAUGGGUUUUGCCAGAUUAUUCAAUUCUCCUCUAAAGCCACUAGCAGAUUUGGAUCCAGUAGUUGUGACUUUUUGGUAUCGGGCUCCAGAACUUUUGCUUGGUGCAAGGCACUAUACAAAGGCCAUUGAUAUAUGGGCAAUAGGUUGCAUAUUUGCUGAAUUGUUGACUUCAGAACCUAUUUUUCACUGUCGUCAGGAAGAUAUAAAAACAAGCAAUCCCUUUCAUCAUGAUCAACUAGAUCGGAUAUUUAGUGUCAUGGGGUUUCCUGCAGAUAAAGACUGGGAAGAUAUUAGAAAGAUGCCAGAAUACCCCACACUUCAAAAAGACUUUAGAAGAACAACGUAUGCCAACAGUAGCCUCAUAAAGUACAUGGAGAAACACAAGGUCAAGCCUGACAGCAAAGUGUUCCUCUUGCUUCAGAAACUCCUUACUAUGGAUCCAACCAAGAGAAUUACCUCAGAGCAGGCUCUGCAGGAUCCCUAUUUCCAGGAGGACCCCUUGCCGACAUUAGAUGUGUUUGCUGGCUGCCAGAUUCCAUACCCCAAACGAGAAUUCCUUAAUGAAGAUGAACCUGAAGAGAAAGGUGAUAAGAAUCAGCAACAACAGCAGAACCAACAUCAGCAGCCCACAGCCCCUCCACAGCAGGCAGCAGCCCCUCCACAGGCGCCCCCACCACAGCAGAACAGCACCCAGACCAACGGGACUGCAGGAGGGGCCGGGGCUGGGGCCGGGGGCGCCGGAGCAGGGCUGCAGCACAGUCAGGACUCCAGCCUCAACCAGGUGCCUCCCAACAAGAAACCGCGGCUGGGGCCUUCUGGCGCCAACUCAGGCGGGCCUGUGAUGCCGUCGGAUUAUCAGCACUCCAGUUCUCGCCUGAAUUACCAAAGCAGCGUUCAGGGAUCCUCUCAGUCCCAGAGCACACUAGGCUACUCCUCCUCGUCCCAGCAGAGCACGCAGUACCACCCAUCUCACCAGGCCCACCGGUACUGACCAGCCGCAGCCCAGAGCACCGACUCCAGCAAUAUGAUGUCUGCAUUGAAAAGAACCAAAAAUGCAAACUAUGAUGCCGUUUAAAACUCAUCCACUUAGGAGGAAAACUACAUACUGAGCAUUUUGCAGGACUGCCUGAUGUCUCUUCUUUAUUGACUUAAAGAAGAUUUUUGUGAAGUUUCCCGACACCCUUUCCCCGCAUGUGUUCCAUCGUGGCUCUCUGAUAAAGCGUCUGAUCUAACCCCAGCACUUAGCUCCUGUAACCUUCAGCAUUUUUUGGGAAGGAUUUCCUGGUGCACCUUUCUCAUGCUGUAUCAAUCACUAUGAUUUAUCUUUUCAAAGCUCUUUUAAUAGGAUUUUAAUGUUUUAGAAACAGGACUCCAGUGGUGUAUAGUUUUAUACUUCAUGAACUAAUUUAGCAACACAGGUAAAAAUGCACCUUUUAAAGCACUACGUUGUUCUCACAGAAUAUAACUGUUCUGCUCAUGAAGUCUUAAACAGAAUCUGUUACUGUCCCAAAGUACUUUACUAUUAUGUUUUUAUUUAUCUAGUUUCAGGGAGGUCUAAUAAAAAGACAAGUGGUGGGACAGAGGGAACCUACAACCAAAAACAGCCUAGAUUUUUUUGCAGUUACUAUGCUUUAUGCUAAGAAGACCUGACGUAGGUGGUGAUUUUUAUGUAAUCAUUCAUAUGGAACAUAGUUCCCAGAAUCCUGUUAUUCUGAAUGGUAUUCGGUCAUUAAGGUUUAUAAUUUUAACCUUCGUGUAGCUCAGUCUACCUUGAAAAGGGUUUCAAGAGCUUUGAUGAAUACAGUCCUGUGGUGACCGACUCCAGAAAGCUGAAGAGAAUACUAACUGCACUAGGAUUUCUUUAAGGAGUAAUGUUGAUCAAAGGACGUAUUACUUCCCUUUGAAGGAAAAGCUUUUAGUGUGUAUUGUACAUAAAGUUGGCUUCUCUAAAGAACUGUUGGUUUCUUCGCAUCUGGAUUAGCUUGAGUAACAUUCUUACAUAAUCGAGGGUACUCAAGUGGAAGCCUGCAAAUUAAUCUGCUCUUAAAAGAAAUAGCAGUGUUCUCCAUUCAUAUUUGCAUUAGACAUAGAGUGACUAUUUUUAAAGCAUGUUAAAAAUUUAGGUUUCAUUCAUGUUUAAAGUAUGUAUUAUGUAUGCAUAAUUUUGCUGUUGUUACUGAAACUUAAUUCUAUCAAGAAUCUUUUCAUUGCACUGAAUGCUUUCUUUUGCCCCUAGGAGAAAACUUAAUAAUUGUGCCUAAAAGACUAUGGGCAGAUAGUAUAUGACUAUACCAGAUCAAAUGUAUAUUUGCAUUUCCGUGAUCUAUGAAUUAGAGGCUGGGUUCUUUCUUAGCCAGUGUAAGGAACCCCUGACUCCCCAGAGUCACAAGGAAAUGUAAAGACUUGUAGAGCUCCCAUUGUAAUGUAAGGGGCAGGAAAUUUGUGUUCUUCUGAAUGCUACUAGCAGCACCAGCCUUGUUUUAAACAUUUUCUUGAGCUAGAAGAAAUAGCUGAUUGUUGUAUAUGCAAGUUAUAUGCAUUUUUUUUUUACUAUUCUUUGUGAACUUAUCUACCUGGUUAUGAUACUCUGGGUCCAUACACAAGUAAAAUAAGACUCUUAGACAGAAGCCAGUAUACAUUUUGCACUAUUGAUGUGAUACUGUAGCCAGCAAGGACCUUACUGAUCUCAGCAUAAUAAUGAUUAUUAAUAAUAAGGACUAUGUAGUGACCCUCAUCAACACUGAAGAUGAAACAGUUGACAUGCUCCAUUGGGAGGAAUUUCUGAUUGUCUCCAUGGUAACUUACCCCUUCCAUUUUGUAAAAUGAGAAAUUAAUAGCCCUCUGCAUAAUGUAGCUACCUGUAUAAAGUUCUGUCCUGUGCCCUGAAACCUCCUUGUCCAGAGCGCUUGGUCAUCAGAUGCUUAUUGCACCUCACCGUGUGCCCAAUGCCGUGCUGGGUGGAAGACACAAAGGGCAAGACGUACUCCCUGUCCUUAAGGAGCCUGUGAUUGAUUCCCUGAUAGGAAGCUCUCCUGGGAGGAUUGGCUUGUAAGUGAAACCGUCUUAGAAUAUGAAGGUCCUUUUGUUUACUUCUAAAACCGCUUGGUUAGAGUUAUUAUUCCAAGUUCUACUUUAUAAUAAACAGUGUUAUGGAGAGGUUUCUAUGUUUCUAAUUACCUUUGAGAAAGCCAGUGAUUAAAGAUCACAACCGGCAUUAAUGUGUAUGUGAAAUGUUCACAGCAGCCUUUCGACAACAAUUGGGUGGCCCUUGUAGGCAGAACGCCCGCUACUAAGUGGUUGUAGGAAAUUACAGUGAAAAUAGAGGCUCUGCUCCUGGCCUCAAGGGGAGUGUACAUUUCAUAAAAGGAGGACCCAGAUGUGGGCAUGAACCAAAAUACCUUGCCCCUUAAUACUUUCUAAGCAACGUUGAUAUACAGUUCUUAUGAUAUGUGUUUAUACGAUCACAGGACUACCUUGCUUUCCUGUUUAUAGUGAAUUUUACUGGCAGAAGUGGUAUGGAAACUGUCAGGGGAUUUCAUCAGUUGCUUCCAGUACAUGGUGUUCUCCAGGAUAUAGCCAGAUAGCCCUGUUAACACACGUGACUGGGUUUCCCAUCAGCGUGCUUUCCUGCUGUGUCCUCACUUCAGGGUUGAUGAUGCCCACUGGUGCCCAUUACCCUUUGAAAUAAUUUGGUUCAUAAUACCCUGUAAAAGGGAACAAAGCCUUUAAUACACCUACGAGCCCUAAAACUGUGGGACCUCAAAGGAGACCUGUGAAGCUUUUUGAGGUUAACAUUUACCUUUUUGGCCCCCAAAUGGUCACAUUCCUCUUUGAAAGCUUAUUACUGUCAUGUCCCUUGAGAAUGCCAGGGGGACGUCCCUCAGCGUAUGGAAACACCCAAACCAGGAGAGGUAUUGAAGGAAGGGAUCUAGUGAAGGUUGUCUGCUCUCCAUAUUACAAGUCAGUGUUCAAGUCAGCUUUCUGGUGAGGUGUGAGUUUGGGAAAAGGGGUUCUAGAAUUUCAGGACAGCUGGGCUCAACAGUAAGGUCGCCCGGCAGCAGGGCUGAUACUGCGAGGCUGAAACAAUCCUUGUGAUGAAGUAGAUCAUGCAGUAACAUACAAAAACCAAGGACUUGUAUAUUUUUAUAUCUGUGUGGUUUUAAAACUUUAGUACUUAGAAUUUUGGCCUUCUGCAUUACUCUCUUGCUCUUGUAAACAAUUUACAUUUAAGAAUGGAACGGGAUGACAUUUACCUAUGAGUUCACUGCCUCAUUCCUGGUGAAACAACUGCUAGUUGUACACCUCUAAGAUGAUGCUGUUUUCUCUGCUAAAGGUAAAAGAAAAGAAAAGAAGAGUUGGGCAAUAAGGCUUGCCACUUACUCUGCUUUGAAUAAAUUUAUGUAGCAGAAACUCUACAAUGAAGGAAGAAUUCUAUGAAAAUUGCAAAUCCUAAACUCUAUGGUGUUAUCUUCCUAGGGAAUGGAGAAAGGCAGUAAGAUGGCAGUUAGACUAAAGGAGGCUUGAAGGAGUCAAGUAUAAGUAAUGUCUUAUAUAAAACAUAGCAGUUUAGGUCCCCAUAAUCUUCAAGAAUAGUCACAAAUCUCAUAAAGUGAAGUUCAUUGUUUUAGGAUUUUUUAAAAAUGUGUUGUACCUAAGGCCAUACUUACUAUUCUAUGCUAUCACUGCAAAGGAGUGAUAUGUAUGUAUUAUAUGAAAAAAGUCCUUAAUGCACUGUUAUCUCCUAAAUAUUUAGUAAAUUAAUACUAUUUAAUUUUUUUAAAGAUCUGUCUGUGUAGACACUAAAAGUAUUACACAAAAUCUGGACCGAAGAUGUCCUUUUUAACAACAAUUUAAAGUACUUUUUAUAUAUGUUAUGUAGUAUAGCCUUUCUAAACUGCCUAGUUUGUAUUUCCCAUAAUUCCUAUUUGUGAAGUGUACCUGUCCUUGUCUCUUUUCUCAGUCAUUUUCUGCACGCAUCCCUCUUUCUAUGAUUAUAGAGACGACUGUGUGUGCUUUCCAGACUCCACUGCGAGGUAUGCGCUGAGCCGGCUGCGCCCGGGCGAGGCUGCUCUGGGGGCGCAGGACGAGCUGCAGCUUUGGAGCGGAGUGCUUCCCGCUUUUGAGUUGUCCUGACAUCCUUCUUGAAAUGACUGUUAAGACUAAAAUAAAUUACAUUGCAUUUAUUUUAUAUUCCUGGUUGUAAUAAAACUUAAUUGACUUUG